CCAACGAGAGUAGAUUUUCAACGAGGUCGAGAGAAAAGCAGAGACAGGCAGACAUCAUUUCUCUCCCAGCGUCUUUGGACUAUCUGCUCGAAGGCAAAGAGCCAAAAAUUAAAAAUCCCUUUCUAAUCAGGAAUAUAAUUAUCUAAAUUAUUCACAAAUUUAGCUAUGGCCGACACAGCUGCUGACACGAACGCAACUGCAGAGGUUACAGCGAAGGAGCUGAAAGAGAAGAAAGAAGUAGAUGUGGCGGAGGAGAAGACCGACCACGGGGACGCACCUGCCAAUGGCACAAAUGGUGCUGAGCACAGUGACAAAGUGGAAGAAACUGCAGAGGAGGAACACAAAAAUGGGGAUGAGAGUGCAGAGGAGGUGCCCCCUGCCGAGGAGACUGAUGCACAGCCUGUGAAACGUGCAGCCGAGGAGGAGGAAGAGGAGGAGGAAAAGGUGGAGACAAAAAAGCCGAAGACAGAGGAAAAUGGAGGUGCAAAAGAGGCAGAUGUGGAGGCUUAGGUCUCUGUCCUGUUUCGCUACUUCUUUGCAGCACUGUCUUAACCAGCCUGGUCAACACUGUGCUAUAGAGCUUGUGCUUUCUGUAUCUGUUGAGAGAGAUUUCUUUUUGUUUGCUCCCAUGUCACAUUGCACUGGAGUUAUCAAACACAGUGGCCCUGGAUCCUUUUUUUUUUCUUUGAAAUCUUAUUUAUUGGUCUUUACAGUGAGCUUUUUUCUACUUGUACAAACUGGGCCACAGGGUGAGAUCAGUUUUUUUUUAUUUCUUGAAGUUUUAUAUCACUAUGUUAGAAG